AUGUCAGAAAACGCAGGCCCUAUCGUCAACUGCCACGACGGAGCAGCGGCUACCAAAGACAAAAGCUCACUGGAACGAACCCUUUACUUGUUUGGUCAACCAAUCGCUCAUUCUGCCUCUCCAUCCUUCCACAACACCAUUUUUCGUGAACUGGGCUUGCCAUGGCGAUACAUCAGACUCGAUUCGAAAGACACGGAAGACUUGGCGUGGCUCAUGCGCCGUGAUGAUUUCGUCGGUGCGGCUGUCACCAUGCCCAACAAGGUUCAAUCCAUGGAUCUUGUUGACAUCUUGACUAUUGAAGCGCAACGAAUCGGCUGCAUCAACACGAUUUAUUCGCGACCUGACCUGAUCGGUGGCGAGGAAAGACGACUUCUCGUUGGAACGAAUACCGAUUGGAUUGGCAUUCAGCGUGCUCUUCUAAAGGCGAACACCAACCUGCGAAGCUACUUGGAAGAAUCGCCUGCGCUAGUUAUUGGCGGUGGCGCAACCUGCAGGUCUGCAAUCUACGCUUUGACAGAGGGGUUAGGCGCCAAAUUGAUUUACUUGGUCAAUCGUGAUCGAGAAGAAGCCGUAUCCACCAUCAAAGCCCUCAAACAAAAUGGACUGCGACAGGAAGUUCGAUAUGUGGAAACGCUGGAUGAUCUACAGUCUAUCUCCAAGUUUCCCGUUGUAGCAGUCAGUGCGGUGCCUGAUAUAGCUCCGAAAACCGAAUCCGAGCAUACCGCACGGAGCAUCUGCAGUGCAAUGAUACAGACCAAGUCUGAUUGUAAUAUUCGCAAGGUCUUUCUGGAGAUGUGCUAUGAUCCAACUCCCUGGACAUGGCUUGCAAGCUUGGCAAAGGAACAUGGGUGGGACGUUGUGGAUGGGUUAGACGUUAUGGAACACCAGGCUAUUGAACAGGCGGUUCUCUGGACAGAGAGACCUCUUGAUGAGCUCCCUUCGGAGGCUGCCAAUGAAGCGAUCCGUCGGGCUUUCCAUCGGUGA